CUUAAAAAAUCCCUAUAUUAUCGGCGUUGUGUUUAUAACCGUUAUGACCGGUUUUAAACAGUUUUUAGCAUCAAAUUCUGAUUAAAAUCACAUUUUGUCGAAUGAAUUAAAGAAUCUAACAUGUAUAUUAAAUCAAUUGUGUUGGAUGGGUUUAAAUCCUACGCCCAAAGAACAGAAAUUCAAGGAUUCGAUCCUUUGUUUAACGCCAUAACUGGCUUAAACGGAAGUGGAAAAUCAAAUAUUUUAGAUUCGAUAUGUUUUUUAUUAGGAAUCACCAAUCUAUCACAUGUUCGUGCAACAAAUUUGCAAGAUUUAAUUUAUAAAUCUGGACAAACAGGUAUUACAAAAGCCACAGUUUCCAUUACAUUUGAUAAUAGAAAUAAAAGCCAAUCUCCCGUUGGUUUAGAAGAUUGCAAUGAAAUUACAAUAACAAGACAAAUUAUGUUGGGUGGUAAAAAUAAGUACUUAAUUAACGGUACAAUUGUACCAAAUAAACGAAUACAUGAUGUAUUUUGUUCGGUUCAUCUAAAUGUGAACAACCCACACUUUCUUGUAAUGCAAGGAAAAAUAACAAAAGUUUUAAACAUGAAACCCCAGGAUUUCUUAGCUAUGAUUGAAGAAGCUGCAGGAACAAAAGUGUAUGAUCACAAAAGAAUCCAACAUGUUAAAACAAUGGAAAAAAAAGAUGCAAAAUUACAAGAAUUUCAAGAGACAUUUACUCAUGAAAUUCAACCUCGAUUAGAAAUGUACAGGCAACAGCGUACUCAAUACUUUGAAUUUCAACGUAUCGAACGUGAAGUGGAACGUUUACGCCAAUAUUGCGCCGCAUUGGUAUAUUGUAACACCGUAAAACUUGUAAAUGAAAAAGAAAAAGAUGUUAUUAUCAUUGAAAAUCAAAUUGCGAUGUUCAAAACUAAAGUGAAAGAAGAUAAAGCGAUGAUUAAAGAAAUUGAGGAGGAAGUUAAUGAAAAAAUGGAACAACAUAAAACGAGUUCUGAUAAUAAACUAGAAGAAAUCAAAGCUGAACUUACUGAGAAACAAAAAUUAGCUGCUGGUAUAAAUGCAACAGAAAAAACCGCUAAAGAUCGGAUAAAAAACGAAGAAGAAAAUGUAAAAAAAUUAGAAACUGUUUUAAAGGCAGAUGUAGCAGCUCUCACAACAAAACAAGAAGAAUUAGCUAAAUUUCACGGUCUUUUUGAUUCAAUGAAAGCUGCUGAAGAUGCCGACAAAGAAGCUUUAGCGAUUUGUGAAAAGAAAUAUGAAGCUAUUUGUGCUGGUAUGGAAGUUAAUGAUGAAGGAGAAGCUCAAACAUUAAAAGACCAAUUAAUUAGUGCGAAAGAACAAGCUAAAAAAGCUGCUACUGAUUUAAAAGUUGAUAAUUUAAAUCUUAGUAAAUGUAGGGAUCAAUUAAAAAUGAAACGGGCAAAUUUAACUGGAGCCUCAGCAGAUUAUAACAAAGAAAAAACUGCAUUGGAAAACGUUAAUAGUGAAAUCACCACCAUUCAAAAAUCGUUGAAUAAAUUAAAUUAUUCUGAGAAUCGUAUGGGCGAAUUAGAAAAGCAACGCCACACAUUUUCAACAGCAAUAAAUGAUCAUAUGGAUAACAUUGAGAAUUUUUACGCCUCAAAACCUUAUUUAAGGUUUAAUUAUACUGACCCCGAACCUGGAUUUAAUAGGGGUACUGUUUUUGGAAUUGUAGCAUCUCUUAUUAAAGUUAAAGAUCGCGCUUAUUCUGUUGCAAUUGAAACAGCCGCAGGUGGAAGGCUUUAUAAUGUGGUUGUAGAUAAAGAUACAACUUGCAAAAAGUUACUUCAAAGGGGUAACCUGCAAAAUAGAACAACAUUUAUUCCUUUAAAUCAGAUUCAAGCGGAUAGGAUGAAACCACAAACUGUAAAUUUUGCAAGAAAAUUAGUUGGAGAAGAUAAUUUAAUAGCAGCGCUUGAUGUUUUAGAAUAUAGUCCACAAGUUAAAUCAGCGAUUGAAUACAUUUUUGGCAACAUUUUUAUCGCAAAGAACAUAUCAAUCGCUAAACAAAUAAGUUAUCACGAUUCUAUAAGAAAAACUUGUGUUACUUUGGAUGGGGACACCACAAGUCCUUCUGGUACUUUAAGUGGAGGGGCGAGACAAAAAACUACACCGGUUUUGUUACUUUUAGAUGAUGUUUUAAAAGAGCAGAAUGAAACCAAACGAAUCCAAAAAGAAUUAAAUGAGCUUGAAAAAGAAUACAGGACGAUGUUAACUUUGCAAGAAAGAUACACAACGUUUAAAAAUCGUCUUGAUAUUUUAACUCACGAAUCUGAAAUGUUAAAAAAUAGACUCAAACAAGAUACGUUUAGUAAGCAACAAGAAGAAAUUAAACAACUUGAAACUUCGAUAAUUAAAUUAGAAGAAAACAUUAAACAAAAUAAUCAUAUUCAAAGCGAAUGUGCUAAAAAAAUUAAAAACUUAGAAUCGAAAAUGACUAAUUCUAAGGAUCAUCUUGAAAAACAACAAAAAGAAAUUGAAGCGGAAUUGGUUCGUUUGCGAAAAAAAGCGGAACAAAGUCAAAAAAAAUAUGGCCAACGUGAACAGGACCAAAAAGUUUUAGAUAUGGAAGUAGUAGAACUCACGAAUACAAUUAAAACCGCCCAAGAAAAUAUAGAAGCGGCCCAAAAUACAAUAAAAACUUUAAAAGAAGAACACCAAAAAGCUCUAAUUGAAUCAGAAAAACUUCGUGAGAUCGUGGCAGAAGUAAAAGAGCGAAUGCAACAUGAAAAAUCGGUUUUCGCCGAACAAAAUAAAGAGAUCCAAAAAAUUAUUAAAUCUAAAGAUGAAAAAGUUAACGAAAUCAUGAAAAUUGAACUUGAAUUAAAAACUUUGGCGAUUAAUCUAAAUACCGCUCAAAAUGAACAUAAAGUUAUUAAAAUUGAGCUUAAAAAUGUUGGUAAAGAUAUUAAAGAUAUUGAUAAUAAAUACAUUGAAGAAGCGAAAAAUUUAUCGGAAGCUGAAGGUCGAAAAAUGGAAAAAAAAUUGUCUGAGGGGAAAUUAAAACUUUCCGAGUUAAAAACUAAAGUUAAUCCAAAAGCGCAAAUUAUGUACGAACAUGAAGAAAAAGCGUAUGCGACUAUUCAAAAGAAAAUCAAUCAAAUUAAUAUUGACAAGGAACUUUUAAAAAAAAGUAUUAAAAGUUUAGAUAGUCAAAAAGAAGAAGCAAUUAAAAUCGCCUUUGAACAAGUUACAAAAGAUCUUGGUUCGAUUUUAAGUACUUUAUUACCAGGAGCGAACGCCAAAUUAGGAAUACCAAAAGGACAUUCAAUCUUAACGGGUGUUGAGAUUAAAGUGAGUUUAGGUGGUGUUUGGAAAGAGAGUUUAGGCGAAUUGAGUGGAGGUCAACGAUCUUUAAUCGCCCUAUCGUUUAUUCUCGCUAUGCUCCUCUUCAAUCCAGCCCCAUUAUAUAUUUUAGACGAAGUCGAUGCUGCUUUAGAUCUUUCGCAUACCCAAAAUAUAGGAACGAUGUUAAAACAACAUUUUCAACAAUCUCAAUUUAUCAUUGUUUCAUUAAAAGAUGGUAUGUUUAAUAAUGCGAACGUUUUGUUUAAAACUCAAUUUAUUGAUGGAAAAUCAACUAUUAGUCGAAGUGCAAAUGUGCGGUAAAUUGUUUUUUUAAUAAUGUUUUGGUUUAUAAAGUUACUCUACUUUUAAAUAAAUGUUUAUAAUUUUGAUAAA